GACAUUUUAUAUGUCAGGACCAUAGCAUAGAUGGCCUCUUUGCUUAUUAGCUUCCUUUUGCUGAUGGUUAUAUCCCAUGAUCAGUAGGCCCAUGAGGACACAAAUGCAUCAACAAGCCUAGUUUCUUAUCUGAAAUGGGGACCCUGGGAGGAGAUAGGCAUGGGUGGAUGUGUGGAAGAGGUAGAUUGUGGAACCUCAGCUGUUUGUGGAUUCAUCUUUCACCAUCAUUGCAGGGUGCUGUGACCUUUGAAGAUGUGGCUGUAAACUUUUCCCAGGAGGAAUGGAGUCUCCUUAGUGAGGCUCAGAAAUGCAUGUACCAUGAUGUGAUGCUGGAGACUCUGGCACUUUUGUUCUCCUUGGGGGGUUGUAGUGGAGCUGAAGAUGAGGAGGCACCUUGUAAGCAGAGCACUUCUAUACUAGGAGUGUCUCCACUCAGAACUUGUAAGACAGAUGUGUCUCUUAAGAGUGCACACCCCUGUGAAAUGUAUGCCGCAGUCUCGAGAGAUAUUGUGCACUUGAGUGAGCACCAGGGAAUACCUGGCAGGCAGAAACUGAACGGAUGUGAGGGAAAAUUGUAUAAUGGUCCAAACCUUCAUCAGCAGUGGAAGCAAAAUGUUGGAGAGAAAACUUAUAGAAGAAGCAUCAUCCAGGAAGCAUCAUUUUUAAAGAGCUGUGAGUCCCAUGUAGCAGUGAAGCCAUUUAACUUCAGUCAGGUUGGGAAGGACUUGGAAUUACUACAGAAAGAGGCAGCUCACACUGGAGAAAAGUCGAGCAUUGAAAUCAAGUAUGGGUCACCCCUGCAGAGGGAAAAAACUCAUGGCUGUGGAGAACCCACAAUAGCCUUUGACUCCAGACACACACUGGUUGAGCACCAGAGACUUCUCCCUAGAGAAGGAUGUUAUGUGUGCAGUGUAUGUGGGAAAUCUUUUAGCGGAAGGAAUAGCUUUAAUAAUCACCAGAAAGUUCAUACUGGAAAAAGACUUCAUAAAUGUGGAGAAUGUGGGAAAUCUUUUCGACAAAAGGGCAACCUUAUUCAACAUCAGCGAGGUCACACUGGAGAAAGGCCUUAUAAGUGUAAGGAAUGUGGAAAAUCAUUUAGGUACAAGUCCCACCUCAAUGAACACCAGAGACUUCAUACUGGAGAAAGACCUUACAAUUGUGGGGAAUGUGGGAAAUCAUUUAAUAAGAACGGGACUCUCAUUAAACACAGGAGUGUUCACACUGGAGAAAGGCCUCAUGAAUGCAGUGAAUGUGGAAAAUUAUUUCGCCAAAAUGCUGCACUCCGUGUUCAUCAGAGAUUUCAUACUGGACAAAAGCCUUAUGAGUGCAAUGAAUGUGGAAAAUCAUUCCAUCGAAGUUAUUCACUCUUGCAACAUCGGAGAAUUCACACUAGAGAAAGGCCUUAUGAGUGUAGUGAAUGUGGGAAAUCCUUUAGCCUAAGAUCCAACCUCAUUCACCAUCAGAGAGUUCACACUGGAGAAAAACCAUAUGAGUGUGGGCAAUGUGGGAAAUUUUUUAGUAAAAGAUCUAUCCUCAUUACACAUCAGAGAGUUCACACUGGAAAAAGGCCUUAUGAGUGUAGUGAAUGCGGGAAAUCUUUUGCUUAUUCUUCUAGUCUCAUUAAACACAGGAGGGUACAUACUGGAGAAAGGCCUUAUGAGUGCAGUGAAUGUGGGAAAUUAUUUCGCCAAAACUCUGCACUCCGAGUUCAUCAGAGAUGUCAUACUGGACAAAAGCCUUAUGAGUGCAGUGAAUGUGGAAGAUCAUUUCACCGAAGCUCUUCACUUUUGCAACAUCGGACAGUUCACACUAGAGAAAGGCCUUAUGAGUGUAGUGAAUGUGGGAAAUCCUUUGCUCAGACUUCUAGUCUUGUUAAACACAGAAGAGUUCACACUGGAGAAAGGCCUUAUGAGUGCAAUGAAUGUGGCAAAACCUUUGCUGAAAACUCCAGUCUCAUUAAUCACAGGAAAGUUCACACUGGCGCAAAGCCAUAUGAAUGCAGUGAAUGUGGCAAGUUCUUUGCUUAUAUUUCUAGUCUUAUUAAACAUAGAAGAGUUCACACUGGAGAAAAACCUUAUGAGUGCAGUAAAUGUGGGAAAUCCUUUGCUGAAAACUCCAGUCUCAUUAAGCACAUGAGAGUUCACACUGGAGAAAGACCUUAUGAAUGCAGUGAGUGUGGAAAAUCAUUUCGCCACAGCUCUUCACUACUUCGACAUCAGAGAGUUCACACUGGAGAAAAGCCUUAUAAAUGAAGUAAAUUUGGGAAAUUCUUCAGCCAGAACUCUAGCUUUAUUAUACACUGAGGAAGUACCUUUUGAGUGCAGUGAAUAUGACAAAGCCUUCAGCCUUUUCUCAUUGGGUAUCAAAACAUUCAAAUGAGAGAAACAAUGUACAGGGCAUGGUAUUUCGUGUUCAGUAUAAUCCUGGAGGAGGUCUCUUAUGAGGGAGCCAUCUGCUUAAAUUGAAUGUCAUACAUUGAACAUCUGCAUGAAUUCCAGGUAGGUGGGAGCUGUGUUGCAUUUUUCAGCCUGCCAGGGUGCCUUGUCAGGAUUAUGUGAGUGCCACUUCUCUGGCAAAAGCCAUUUUGCUUUUACCACUUAGCAGGUUGGCAGGUGCCCACAGUUGAAUGAUGAUUCAACCACCUCAUCAGAUUCCAGACAGAACUUCAGUCUUCCAUUCACUUCACCAGAAAAAUUUGUGAGUAGCCUCAGUACUCAUUCCUUUCUCUCAGAGGAGUUAGACCAUGGACCUGACCCAGAAGACUCUUCUGGUUUCUUGAAAAGAUGGGACUACUUUUGGGGAGAUCUUGUGGAUCUUGCAGGAUGAUGAUGAUGAUGAUUACAUUAUUUGUAGAGAUGGAGUCUUACUAUGUUGCUUGGACUAGUCUUAAACUCCAGACUUCAAGCUCACAGAAUACUUGAGAUGGAAUUUUCUCAACUCUCAGUUACAAACUUGAGACAACCUGCCUUGCAUUGCUCUGGUUUGUGAUACAAUGAAGCCCUGCUGUACUGUUAAGACACCUUCAAUCUCUGGAGUUGUCUUCAUACAUUGUCUUCACUAUGUAGGGUGACUUGAAAACAACUAGAUUUGUUACAGUGAAGGUAUGAACAGUUAUUGUAUUCUUGGGAUCACUAAACUUUGCUUCACAGGGGACAGUAGGACGUCAAUAUAUCAUUUGCUCCAGUUUUGGCCUACUUGCACUGCUUCCCAAAAUCUCCAAAGAAAGACUACAGGGCUUUUUGAUUCUUAUUUUAGCCUUGAUUUUACAAUAAUAACUCAUAGGUCAACUUGACAAGGGGGCAAUUUUUGUCACAACCUCUGGUGUUUCUGAGAACAACAUAAAAUUCGUGUCUUGUUUACAAGGGAUAUUCUCUGUUUAAUAUUGGUGAGGGUAGUUUCACAGGUUAUAGAUGAAACUGUAAUUUUUCUAGAAACACUACACUUAUAGGCAAUGGUGAGACUGCAUGAAGGGAUUUGAAUUUGCCUCUUUUAAUAGGGCACCCAUAGUAAUGCAGUCAUUGUGGUUCUGAAGGAUAAGUACAUACUGAAAUUCUCAGAACUGCUUGAAUUUUUAAUAUUGUGUACCUGGGUCAGUGUCAGAGAAAAUAAUCCAAAGAUUUUGUCAAUUCUUUUACAAAGCCUAUCUCUGUAGGCUUUUUAGGCUGUUUACUUCAAGGCCAUUCCUGCAUUGGCAAGAGGGAGAGGAGAAAGGAGAUCUCUUAGACCAGCUUGUGGCAUUUGUGGGCAGCUAGCAUUCUUUUUUGAAUCGUCUGGAAUUGGUCUUCAUUGCUAAUCAUAUUUUUGUUACCACUGAGGCUAGCUGUGUCACUCAGGUCAUGAGGGAGAGAAGCAAUAAAGAAAUACUGAGUUAAUAAUUUUGCAAAAGUCAUAGCAAGUAUGACAUAUAGAUUUUUAUUUUGAAACACAUUUUUAAAGCUUUGAUAUAAGAUAUAAAUGACAUUCAACCAACUGCCUAUAUUUAAACAGAAUAAUGUGGUAAGUUUUGACAUUUAUAUAAACCCAUGAAGCUGUCAUCACAAUCAUGAUAAUGAACUUAUUAAUCACUUCAUGUUUAUCCAGAACAUUUUAAUAACGUCUCCCUCUGCCUUCCAGACAACCGUUGGUAUAUUUUGCUUCAUGGUAGAUUAUUUUACAUUUUUUAGACUUCCAUAUGAUUAGUAUAAUAAAGUGUUUAGUCUUUUUAUCUCUGAAUACUCUCCUAUAGCAUAUUUAUUUUGAGAUUUAUCACUAAUAAUACAAGUAGUUCAUUCUUUACAUUGUGAGAAGUAUACCUUGUUUUGAAAUACCAGUGUUUGUAUCUUCAUUCAUCUUUCAUUUAUGCAUUCUUAAGUUGUUCCUCAUUUUUGACUGUUAUAAAUGAAACUACAGACAUUUAAAUACAAUUAUUCAUAUAGAUAAUGUUUCAUUUCUUUUGUGUUAAUAUCUUGGGGUUCAAUGAUUGAGUCAUAGGAUAGGUGAAUGUAUAGCUUUUUAAAUAACAAUAAAAUAUGCCCUAAAAUUAAUAACAGUGAUUCCCUUUUGUAUUA